UCUGGGAUCUUCGAAAGGACCCUUUAUUCACCGAGCUUUUAUAUAGUGCAGGAAGACAUAACUGCAGCUGCAGGGAAACUGGCCGAGUGCCAGAAAACGAUUUCAUCGUUGGGGAAACAACUUCAGUCUCUUGCAACACUUGAAGAUUUCUUCAUCGAUACAGCGAGCAUACCUACUUGUUCUCCUGCAGUUUCCGACAAUCGUGCAAACGGUUCAGAGAGCUGGACAGUACACAAGAACGAGGCAUUUUCCAGGAGAAAUCCUACCGAGUCAGAUCUUACCGAGUCAGUGGAACCCGCUAAGGAGAGGUCUACCAGUCUGAGGACCAGCAGUUCUUCAUCUUCUCCAUCAGCUUCAAUGGCUGUUGUGCCAUCGAACCAAGGGAGUUCUGAGAAGAAUCGGAAUGGGUUUGCUAAGUUUUUCACUCGAAGUAAGAAUGGGAUUCAUCUGGAGAUAUGACAUAACCCAACUGAUACUUCAGCGAGUUUUCAAGAUUUCUAGGUUCUUGAGUAGUAGUAAUUGGAAAACAACUGUCCUGCAAAUAUUUUUUACGAUAGGGUUGCUUUGGAUAUUCUCUUUUAGGUUCAGCUUGCUUGUUUGACACUCCCAUAAUCCAGUUCUUGAGCAGCUUUACACUCUUA